AUGCGUAUGGUAUCCAGCUCCGUAGCGCUCGCCGCAAGUUUGCCUUUGGCGAGGGCUGCUGCGACUAUCCCGCAGUAUGUCUACGACUAUGCUCCUAAAGUCUGGCUGUAUAGCACAGACGCAUACCGUCCCAGUGAUCUGCAGGCCCAGCUAGACAAUACCACCCCCCAGGUCAACUGGACUGCUAUUGAGGGGGCUCCCUCGCCUCUGACACUGGAUAACCUGGACCAGCUGAACGAUCUGGGCAAUACUAGUGUUUAUCUGACGACUGCUGGCGGCAUCGCUGCCAGACCUAUGCCAUCCUGGCUUUUCGGUGUGACUCCCGACAGCAGUGGGAAUGCUGGCAAUAUUCACGCCUGCGCUAUCGUCGUGAACGACCACGGGUCUGGCGCUGUGGACGCAUUUUACUUCUACUUCUAUGCAUACAACAAGGGCGAUAAGGUUCUAGGCCUUGAGUUCGGUGACCACAUCGGCGACUGGGAACAUAACAUGGUCCGCUUCUCCAAUGGCGAGCCCCAGGCCAUGUGGUUCAGCCAGCAUGCCAGCGGCCAGGCGUUCACCUACGACGCCGUCGAGAAAGACGGCCAGCGACCCCUGUCCUACUCAGGCAACGGGACCCACGCCAACUAUGCCAAUGCCGGCCAACACGACCAUACUAUCCCCGGGAUCGAUCUCCCCGACGGCCCUCUACUCGACUACUCCGACCAAGGUGUCCUCUGGGACCCAACCCUGAACGCCUACGCCUACACUUACGACGCGUCGUCCGGCACGUUCACAGCCGGCGACGACAAUACCCCCGUCGCAUGGCUGAACUUCAACGGUGGAUGGGGCGAUGACCAGCCCAAGAACGAGAAAACUAUUUUCGGACAGGCGGAGUACGUCGCUGGUCCCAAUGGGCCGAAGUUCAAGACCCUGAACCGCACGGAGGUCUGUCCGUCCAGCCCGUGUGUUGUGUGGGAUGCGAUUGUUUUAGCUGGCAACGAGACUUCCAUUUAG